CCCAUUGAUGAACAUUAGCUUAAGAUGUUAAUGCAUUUACAAGACAUAGAAGCUUGGAUAAGUUAGGGCGAUUUAACAACUGAAAAAGUACUUUAUGCAGCUUUAAAAAAAUGCCUUCCCAGUGCAAACAGGGCUUAUAAUAGCCCGGUGCAGACUCCUCCUCCCGAGUUGUCCUGGGAAACACUAACAACUGUGAGAAGAAACUGUGAGAAACUGGAGGAAAGUUCCUGUCUCUGCAGGUGUGGGACAUCCUGUCGCUCAUACGUUUUUAUUCAACAGGUAAAAGUUGUUUUUAAAGGACCAAAAACUGCCAGUCCAUCCACCGGGAGGAAUAUGAACAUGCGACCCAAAGCGGCUUCACUUCACUGAGAUCAAAGUGUCCAGGGACAUGAAACUCAAUCCAGAGCAAGCUCCUCUCUAUGGGCGGUGUGUUAUCACGGUUCAGCUCGCUGAUGAAGAGCUGGCGUUAGAUGAUGAGGGCGUGGACUACUUCCUGCUGUUCGCUGGCAGCACGCAGAGACACUUGACCAGCACCCUGAUGAGCAGCCAUGACACCCUGCAGGCGAUGUGUCCCGCGCACGACUGUUGCGAGGUGGUGUUGGUCACCCUGUGCUCAAUCAGCCGUGGCCCCCCCGAGGACCCUAACCCCUGCCCGGGUCCAGUGACUCUGCUGGGCGAGCAUCGAUUCAGAUUUGUCCAGGAUUUGGCUUUUGACAUGGCGCAGUUCCUGGUGAGCACUGCAGGCCGGGCGGACGGCCUGGAUGGCGCUCUGCUGCUGGAUGAGUGUCAGAUUCCCCUGCAGGAGUGCGAGCGUCUGGACGAGAGCCUGGCGCUGGCUCUGCACCACCUCGCUCUGCCGCCAGGAUGGAGCUUACUGGGCAACAAACUCACCAACAGCACUGACCUGGAUCCUCAGGAGACCCUGCUGCACUUCUCCGCACGCCGGGGUCUUUAUCGGGUCACGCACUUCCUGCUGAAGCAACCUGGAGCGAGAGAGGCUCUGCGAUUGGCCAACAGACAAGGCCACACCCCCUCCGCCGUGGCAGACCUGAGAGGACACGAACGCCUCGUCGAGCUCCUCGCACAGGCCGAGACGGACAAAGACACUGAGACCUUCCAGCCGGUGUGUACGGACGCACGAGUAGUUUGCCACCUCCCCCGGCUGAACACACACACUCUGACGCUGAGGAUACACCCCGUCCUUGACCCCCCGACCCUCCAGAGGAGCGUGGAGCAGCUGCUGCACCUGCUAAACCAUGUCCACGCCAAGGGGGUUUCUGUACUGGAGCUGCACUUUGAUUCUCUGCACACAGCGGACGAAUGUUGUGAUGGUGUCGAGGAGAUAACCUGUCAGGAGCGACUACAGCUGUCAGAGAGCCCGGAUACAACAACAGGAGGGAUCUGGGUGGAAAACUGCUCCUCGGAAAGCAGUGGCCGUGUUGAUUGUGGACACGGUGAGACUGAGAAUGCAGAGAGAGAGUGGAGCUUGUCUCUGAGUGAUCCGACGCCAGACACAAGGCCUCGGGAGCAUGGCCUCAGCCCCAGGUUGGACUGGGUGUGUCUCAGUUCAAACACUGCGAGAGAUUACUGCCAAGCAGAGCAGGAGGGAAGAGGGCAGCCUGUCGUUCCCACCCAGAGUUUGAGGAGUGAAGGAGCAGGAGGGGAAAGCCUCACUGUGGGAAUCUUUCUACCACCACCAGCAGCAGAAGGCAGUGAUAAACAGGCAGAGGAAACUGAUAGAGGGGAGGCUGUGAUCUGGGAAGGACAGGAGGCCAAGGAGGGAUCCGAGCAGGAAGCAGAGGAAAGCACAGUGAGAAAGAGGGAGGAGGACACUGAGUCAACAGAUCCCAUACCGCCCUGUGGAGACGUCAAAGCCUCAGUCAUGGGCCAGUCCCCGUCAUCAGAGGGUUCUGACGCCUCUGACUCUGAAAUGAAGGAGUGCUGCCAGGAGCUCUCUUUAGAGGAGGAGAAGGAGGAAGGGUUAGCAGAGCUUGUAUCCGACCGAGGGGACCUCCCCAGUCCACCGAUGAUAGACGGCGCUGAUGUAAUUGAGGAGCCUCAAUCUGCUCUCUCGAUAGAAGGCCUCCACGAGGGGGAACCUCCACCACACACAAACAGCCUGGAACAAAACCAGGAAACAGCUGGUCGGGAUUACGCCUCAGAGCAGCAGCAGCAGCAGGCUUCACACACUGGUCCUCAUUCUGGGAGUGCAGCGAGCGACGGGGAGCCAGACGAGGAGGCAGAAGCUUCCGGAUGCAGCGCUGAGAGUUUGUCCCUUGACGAACCUGAGGACACAGCUGAUUGCGUGGCUCCUGCUAACUCCAUGGAGGAUCUACGAGCUGAUCCAUCACCUGAUUUGAUCCCCAGGGAUACACAUACCGGUCAAGAUUCAGAGAUGAGCCAUGUCAUCUCCAGCGACGAUGACGGCAGUUUCCGAUCAGUGGGGAGCUCCACGACGGAUAUAUUCCUCCCAUCUCAGGAGAAUGCUAGUGUGGCGGAUCAGGGCUUGGUUCAGACUAAUGUAGAAGAUGUUCCCUCAGCAGGAUUACAGAUGGAAGAACCAGACGAUUCUAGAGAAGUUGAAGCCAAUAGACCAAUCGUGGUUCAGCUGGACACUGUGUCAUUGGCUGAGCCAGAACGUUUACCCAACUUAGAGACACUUGAGGGUUUGAAUCUUGAUGAAAGAGUAGAGGAACUUGCUGCAGAACUUCCCAAAGAGGAUUUAUUAUUGUCUGAAAGGGGAGACGCUCCGACGGCGGUCGAUGACACCGAACCUGAAGGGGCCACGGAAUCUGAAGUCAAUGCAGAAAUGGAGUGUUUUGCCUCAGAGGACAUAAGCAGCGUUUCAUUUGAAGCUAGUGCUUCUCCUACAGACGAAAGUGAACCAAUUAGCUCUGUUGAACAUCAGUCAAACAACACCAGUGAUGAAUCUGCAGCGGAAAGGAGUGGAGACGUGCAGCAGGGGCAACCCAAACAGGAUAAUUCAGAGAUGACAGCGGAUGAAAGGUCACCGGAAGAGGGAUUAAGGCACUCAGAGGAUCGGAUCAAUGCAUCUUUAUCCGUCGGAGUCACUCCGCUGAGCAGUGAAGCGUCCAGUGGACCUGAUGCUGAGGAGGAGACGGCUGGAAAUCCUCUCGACACAGUGGAUGGAGAACCACAAAGCCCCAGCGGUGCGGUUCAAGAGGGGGAAGUCAUGGUGUCUGAAGGAGCUGCAGGAGAGGGAGACGAUGAUGUCGCCCCAGAGGAAACGCACGGCUCCACGAUCCACCGAGACAGAGAGGCGUCGUUUCAUCAGCCGUGCAACGCUCCACACUCAGGUUCCUCACAGUCCUCAGAGUUUCCCAGUUUGCCCAGUAGAACCAGCAGCUGUCCCUCCAGCGCUCACAGAGACUCCGGCAGCGACAUCGAGAGCUUCCUGGGCGCAGAGCCGGGAUAUGACAGCGUCUUCAGAAAGAGCGAUGACCCAGUGACCGGAGCAGACAGCGCCAGCGAGGUCUCCGUCUCCUGCUCCUCCACCGACGACACCGCCAGCUCCAGCCUCGAGGGCAGCCAGGGCCUCGAAUGCAGCUGGAGCCCGGAAGAGAGCAUCCGGACCGGGGCGGCUGUCUCUGCAGGAGGAGGAGGAGAAGCUGAGGAAGAAGCCAAAGACAGGGUGACGGAGGUGCCGAGGCGCUCCUGUAUUCUCAGGAACAGCAUCCGCUCUCUGUCGCCGCUCCGCCGCCACAGCUGGGGUCCCGGGAAGAACAACGGAGGGGACGCCGAGAUGAACCACAGGAGCUACAGCUUGGAGGGGCUCAGUGAAGAGCUGAGGGGCCCCAUCACUGGUCAGGGGCCCCGGGUCCUGGAGCGUUCGAGGAUGCCCCGGCUCGACAUCGAUCACCGUGGCUCGCUGGUUUCUCUGAUCGAGGUGGAGGAGGAGCACAGCCGACUGCGUGACCCGCUGCAGAUGUCGAGGCGGUAUCGGCCCCUGAGGAACAGCUGUCCUACCAUGACCCUCCCUCUCACCAAGUCCGUGUCCAUGCUCGCCAUCAGCCAGAGAGACAUCGAUGGUAUGAGGUCGUUUUCCAGCGCCUCUGGGUCACUAGCAUACAGUAUAUCAGAGGAGGAGCCCGGCCCUCUGCGCAGCGACGCUGAUGAAAAGAGUACGACAAAAGUCAGCCGCACCUUCAGCUACCUCAAGAACAAGAUGUACAAGAAGACCAGGGAGAAGGAGAAACGGGAGAAAGACAAGGACGGGAAGGAGAAGGACAAGAAGGCGAUCAACGGGCAUCUGUUCUCCCCGGUGAGCCCGGGUCGGGGUCAGUGCGUCCAGUGCAGCAAGGCGUUCAACAGCAAGGAGGCCUACCUCUGCACACACUGUAACGCCUCGGUCCAUAAGAGCUGCAGGGACAGCCUUCCUGUUUGUGCCAAGGUGAAGAUGAAGUUGCCCAAGCAGCAGUAUGCAGUUCCAGACUCCGUGCCGUUCCCCACCGUCACCAUGAGGAACAAAUCUGGUGGGACGAGGGAGCGUCCGUGGUCAGCCAUCCUGUCUCCGGAGGACCACUCCUCCUCUUCCCUCGGGCUGUCGUCACGGAGAAACACCAGCAUCAUGGGCUUCCAUGGCAACAACCUGUCCAAGAGUCUCUCCAUUAGCAACAUCGCCGGUCCGGUGUUUGACGACAUCCCCAUCAGAGGCCUGCGGUACCUCUCCCAGUCCACGGACUCUCUGAACAGAACCAACCAGGUCACCGAGUCCAUGGAGUCACUCACUGACGAAGGGACGGAGAUGAUGGACGGACAGCUGAUGGGGGAGUUCGAGGCGGAGGCCAGAGAGAUGGAGGCCGACUCCUGGAGCCUGUUUGCAGAGCAGCAGUAUCUGAAGCAGCUGGACAAAGAGCUGGUGAAGAAGCAGGACGUCAUCUACGAGCUGAUGCAGACGGAGUUGCAUCACAUCCGCACGCUGCGCAUCCUGUCCGAGGUCUACAGCAAGGGCCUGCAGAAGGAGCUCCAGCUGGAGCUGCAGACGGUGGAGAAGCUGUUCCCCGUCCUGGACGAACUCCUGGAGCUCCACACCCAGCACCUCCUGCGCCUCCUGGAGAGGAAGAGGGAGAGCCAGCUGCAGGCCGGCAGCUCCGAGGGGGGGUUCAUCAUCAGACGGAUCGGAGACAUCCUGCUGGGACAGUUCUCAGGAUGCAACGGGGAGAACAUGAAGAGGAUUUACGGUCGAUUCUGCAGCCGCCACAACGAAGCUGUGAACCUUUACAAAGACCUGCUGACCAAAGACAAACGCUUCAAAGCCUUCAUCAAAAAAAAGAUGAGUAGCAGCAUUGUGCGGAGGCUUGGUAUCCCAGAAUGCAUCCUGCUGGUGACCCAGAGGAUAACGAAGUACCCGGUGCUGAUUCAGAGGAUGCUGCAGCACACAAGAGAGAGCGAGGAGGACCACAAGGACCUGGCGGCGGCGGUGCGGCUGGUGAAGGAGGUGAUCGCGGCGGUGGACAGCAAGGUGAACGAGCACGAGAAGCGCCGGCGGCUGAAGGACUUCCACGGCCGCAUGGACAGCAAGUCCAUCAUGAUGAUGAAGAGCGGCCAGAUGUUUGCCAGAGAGGAUCUGCUGAGGAGGAGGCUGAUCCACGACGGGGGGCUGCAGCUCAAGAACAUCCAGGGGAGGCUGAAGGAUGUCCACGCUCUGCUGCUAUCGGACAUCUUGGUCUUCCUCCAGGAGAAGGACCAGAAAUACGUCUUCUCCAUGCUGGACCAGCGCUCCACGGUGAUCUCCCUGCAGAAUCUGAUCGUGAGGGAGGUGGCCAACGAGGAGCGCGGCCUCUUCCUCAUCACAGCGGGCAUCGAGAAGCCGGAGAUGAUGGAGGUGCUGGCCAGCUCCAAGGAGGAGCGCAACACCUGGAUGCAGCUGAUCCAGGAGGCCAUGCAGUCCAUGGAGAAGGACGAGGAUGAAGGGAUUCCCAGCGAGACGGAGGACGACAAGAGACAGCAGGAGACAAAAGCCAAGGAGAUGAGAGCGCUGCUGAGGCAGAAGGACACGGAGAUCCUGUCUCUGCUGGAGGAGAAGGUGCAGCUCUUCAGGGGCAUGUGGGAGGGCCCGGGCCCCGGAGAGGAGGCCGGCCGGCCGGAGCAGCCCUUGUUCAGGUCGGCCUGCAGCCUGGAGACCCCCAGAGGGGCCGCCAUAAUGAAGGACGCCCUGCAGGAGGUGGAGACGUUACAGGGGCUGGUGAACGGCAGCCUGGGGGGGGCGAUGGCCAGCGUGCAGGAGGGCGGAGGCGCCGUGUGUUUGCCUCGCCGGGCCGAGACGUUCGGAGGCUUCGACAGCCACCAGAUGCACAGCAGCAAGAGUGCAGACGGGGACGACAGCGAGGACUCGGCGGGGGAUUUACGCCGGACGGAGUCUGACAGCGUUUUAAAGAAGGGAGGAAACGCCAACCUGCUGCUGCUGCUGAAGAAGAACAGUGAGCAGGUCCUGCACAGCGUCUCCAACCUGCACCUGCUGCUCAGCACUCUGCAGGCGGUGGUGGUGCAGCAGGACAGCUUCAUCGAGGACCAGCGGGCGGCCCUGAGCGAGCGCUCCUCCUCCUGCACCUCGCUGUCGCGGCCGUCCUCCCGCCCCAGCUCCCUGAUCGAGCAGGAGAAGACGCGCAGCCUGGAGAAGCAGCGGCAGGAGCUGGCCUCCCUGCAGAGGCAGCAGGCCGCCCACAACGAGGAGAGGAGGAAGAGGGAGAGGGAGUGGGAGACGAGGGAGGAGCAGCUGGUGGAGAGGGAGGGGCUGCUGCACGGACAGGAGGAGGAGGUGCUGCAGCAGGAGAAGGAUCUACAGGAGGAGAGGCAGGGUCUGCAGAGCAGGAAGGAGGAGUACCAGAGGGACCUGGAGAGGCUGAGGGACGCCCAGAGGAAACUGGAGAGAGACAGGGAGGCCGUGCAGCGGCAGAUCGAGAAGAUGGAGGAGGUCUGCCUGUCGGAGAUGUUUCUAACAGCCCCCCCUCUCCUCCAGAGGACUCCCUCCACAGCGUUGGAUGAUUCCCAGUUCCCCGGCGGCUCCCAGCCUCUGGAGCCGGACCCUCAGGAGCCGCUGCAGCCCCCCCGCUCCAAACCCAAAGGGAAAGGCCUGAACCCGUUCAGCUCGUCCUCCGGCAGCCUGAAGGGGAACGAGGCCAACCGGCAGAUCUCCAAGAGCCUGCUGCAGCUGGCCAAGAACAAGAGCAGGGAGGGCAAGGAGAAGGACAAGAAGAAGAAGAAGGGCAAAGGGGGGGGUCCGCAGACGGCAGACCCUCUGCACCUCCCUGAGCCUCCUCUGGACGGAGAGAUCUUCUUCUGCUAAGAGACAGUCCUUCUCCUCCUCCUCCUCCUCCUCAUCAUCAUCACAUCCCAUCCAGGAGAAUGUAUUCCCACCAAGUGCAAACAUCAGACUGCAGUCCCACCAGGCUCCAAGGCACCUUCUAAAUCCUCUUCAAACUGUAUUUUCUCCUGAAUCAUAACGGAGUGAAAUUCAACUUUUCAUGCAAGAAAGAAAAACGUUGAAUAAAUCCACUUCUAGCUUCUGGAAAGUCACAUAUUUGGGGGAUUUGUUGGUCAUUUGAACUUGGAAUACAUAAAUUAAGCAACACAGAAGCGCAGACGUUACCAAAUACCACUUGGAUGGAGACAUGAUUCCCAACAAGCUCCAUCCUUAUCCUCCCUUAUUGACCACAGACCAAAUCUGCCCGGCAACAACGUCUACUCACCAUUUAAGAGCAGAUUUGACUGAUUCUGCCUCCAGUUAGAGGGACAAAUGAAGUUUAAAUACCUCCAGUAAUCCUCAAUUAAGAUGUCUCUCCCUCGGUCGUUUCAAUUCCUUUGAAUAAUGGAUAUCUUCAAAUGUGUCUCCUUCUGCAGACUUACAGUAAUGAGAGGAUUGAGACGUAUCCCCCAGCAUCUAACGGCUCAGUUCAUAGAGGAUAGGAGCCUGAUCCUCUGCUUUAUCGGCCAGUCAAUGGGCUUUUAAGUCGAUGACGAGCGGGGCUUCCUUUCAUGUUUUAAUUGCAUGUCUCUGUGCAGGUAGCAUACUGAUAGCUCCCGUCUGCUAGCCUCACUCUCACUGCUCACGUUUUAAGGAGAUGGAAGCUGUUUAAGCAGAGAAAAGGGGAAGCUAAAGACACCAAAUGAUGUUCAGAACAUUUCAAAUGAAUCCGACCUCACGGUGAUGUGAAGCACUUUGGUCCUAAUACGUUUUAAGGUUGUUUUCUAUUUGUUAUCAGCGAUCAGUCAUCUUUGUAUUCUGAUUUAAUCCAGGGCACUGACGCUCAUGAAAAGAUGCUCCUUCCUGUCAACGUUCAAACUAAAGCGAAGACCAGUAGCUUUUAUGCAAAGUUCCAGAGGUCACCUGUCUUAAUUGUUUAGCUUGAUUGAAGCCCAGAUCGAGGGCACCACACACUGCCUGCUGGACAGGUAGGAAGUUAAAAUAAAGACCCUUCUCCCGGUGGUUCACAGAGCAGCGCCUCUUUUUGUCUCGUGUUUUAAGAGCUUGUUUGUGGACGAUUUGACUUCAUAUGUCCGGGCUGUUUUAUUAUAGUGUGUCUUCUUGAGAGGCUGAAAGGGCCAGCCAAUUAGCUGCUUCAUGGCUUUUGUUUAUGGCUUUGGUUUAAUCCUGUCCGAGAAACAGAGGAAUGGGCUCCUUUUGUGGGUGCGUUUUGUACGGUAGCCGACCCAUGCAUCCGUUACAACGACCCAAAACAUUUCCAUCGGAAGAAAAAUGCUUCCUUUCCAAACGAUACAAAACAAAAACACAUGCAAAUGAAGAAACAUGUUCCCCAACCUCACCAAACAUCACACACAGCAUUUUGUAUUUGUAGUGCUUUUAGUAAGCGCUGCUCUUAUUUCCUCAAGUUGGUGGAGAUGUUUCUUUGUUGAUUUAGGAAUAUUUGUGUUUGAUUGGAAACGUUUGGAUCAUUGGAGCACGUUUGCGCCUCUGAGCCACCGUAGUUUGACCACGAGGAAGCGCUGCACCCAUGACUAAAUCAAACAUCUAGAAAGCAUGAAACUAUUUCAGUUUUCUGACAUUUCCGCAAGUCAUCGACAUACGGAGAAAAUGAGACAAGCGUGGGCUCUGUGAUAUUUUCCCCGAGGCGUUUGUAACCGACUGGCGAAACAAAUAAGUUGUCAGGGACUGUAAUUGGUUAUUCAGUGAAUCCAGUCAGAGAAAAGAAAGCCACAGGACAAUCAGCAGACCCCCCCCCCCCUCCCUGCAGAGCCUUAAAUCUUGAAGAUUAAAUGAAAUGCACUAGCGUAGGACCCGCCGUUCCUCUGGACCGAUGAGGAGAGCUUUUAUACCUCUAGCUUUGAAACGACGAAGGAAAUGUUUGUACCGUAAAAGUGGUUUCAUUCCCAACACAUGUAAAAAAAUCAUUCAAAAAGGGCGAAAAUGUAAAUAUGAUUUAUGUAUAAAACCAAUCAAAUGUAAAAAAAAAGUGUUUGUUUGUGAUCUAUCGCAGCAUUUUGUAAGAAUGUUUAUUUAUGUUUUAUUCUCGCCCCAAAAGGCGGCGUGAUGUAAAGUCAUACUGCUCUCAUAAUAAAAAAAUCAUAACGGACA